CCAUUGCUUCAUUGGUACUUUUAAAGGGUCUGAGUACUUCUUCCACCACUGGUGACAUAAUGAGAAAGCUGUCAGGGACACAGCAGAUGGCAGCAUUGUCACAUAUCAGAAUUGUAGAUACCUGUAAGACCAGUGUACUGAGUGAGGCAAUAAUAGAAGAUCAGCUGGAGUCAUAAGAUAAAAAAUAAAACCAGAUUUGUCGUUAUUUUUCAUGCAGCAGCAGCUGCUCUCUGUCCGCAUAAAAUGACAAGAUAAACCUAGACCUUGACUUGAACAGUUUUAGUCAGUGGUAGUGUUCUAGGUUAAGUUAAGACUUUAUCAUGGAAAGUCCUGGAAUCAUACUUGAAUUCAAAUCAGUUUCCACAAGGUGAAAAAUCUGUAUUUCCUGUCCUGUAUUCCUCUUCCUGCAUCACAAGCUGCAAUUGCAGGCAUGAAAAGGAGAAAAUGUCAGACACCUUGUGAGGGGGGAAGGGUGGUGGAGGGAGAAGGCGACUGUCUCCCUCCCUCCUUCCCUCUCUGCUAUACACACACACGUACACACACUCCCUCCCUCACACCAACACUGGCCAUCAGCAGCGUCUGACGGCUGCAUCCUUUGCUGUAGCAACACGGAAACUCCAUCCUCCUCUGCCUCUCGUCUGCAUCUGACAUCCCGGCCGCAGGAGCCUUUUGUGUUUCCACGGGAACCAUUGUGUUUCUCCCUUUUGGAGAGAAAGCAACACCAUGGACAUGAUGGGCAACAAAGAGCGACGAGGCGUGAAUUUCAAAGGCUUGCUGAAGAGGAAUUGGCUUCUGAUCGCCACGGUUUUAUCAGUGCUGCUUGGGAUCAGUUUGGGCAUUGUAGUUAGAGAGUAUGCAUCCCUCUCUCAACUCCACAAGCAAUAUUUUGGCUUCCCAGGAGAGAUCCUCAUGCGAAUGCUCAAGCUGGUCAUCCUUCCACUCAUCAUUUCAAGCAUGAUAACAGGUGUUGCAGCCCUGGACUCUGAGGUAUCAGGAAGGAUAGGUCUGCGAGCUGUUGUAUAUUACUUCUCAACAACCAUCAUUGCAGUUAUUCUCGGCAUUGUUUUAGUGAUGACUAUCAAACCAGGAGUCUCUCAGACAGCUGACCACAUUGACAGAACUGGGACCACGCCCAACGUCACAACAGUUGACACACUCCUGGACCUCCUCAGAAACAUGUUUCCAGAAAAUCUGGUGCAGGCUUGUUUUCAACAGUACAAGACCAAGCGCAAAGAGUUGGAGCCUCCAAAAGUGUCAGCCGACACCACCACAAUUCCACCUCUGACAACUACUAUCAUGGCAGCAGUGGAGCAGAAUAUCACCAAGGACUAUAAAAUCAUUGGGACAUAUUCUGAUGGAAUCAACGUAUUGGGUCUUAUCGUAUUCUGUGUUGCUUUUGGACUUGUCAUUGGGAAGAUGGGUGAAAAGGGACGCAUCCUCCUGGAAUUUUUUGAUGCCCUGAAUGAAGCAACCAUGAAACUGGUGCAGAUAAUUAUGUGCUACAUGCCAAUAGGGAUCCUGUUCCUAAUCGCUGCUAAGAUCAUUGAGGUGGAAGACUGGGAGAUCUUCAGGAAGAUGGGUCUUUAUAUGGUGACGGUGCUGAGUGGUCUAGCCAUCCAUGCCACCAUCUGUCUGCCACUGAUCUUCUUUGUCAUUGUGAGGAAGAACCCAUAUACAUUCACACUGGGUAUGGCUCAGGCCCUGGUGACAGCACUCAUGAUCUCCUCCAGCUCUGCAACCCUGCCUGUCACCUUCCGAUGUGCUGAGGAAAACAAUCGCAUCGACAAGCGAAUCACCCGCUUCGUCCUCCCAGUGGGUGCCACCAUUAACAUGGACGGCACAGCACUCUAUGAGGCAGUGGCUGCUAUCUUCAUCGCCCAGCUGAAUGACUAUGCUCUGGAUGUGGGCCAGAUUGUUACCAUCAGUAUAACAGCAACAGUUGCCAGUAUUGGAGCAGCAGGAGUUCCUAACGCUGGGCUUGUCACCAUGGUGAUAGUCUUAACAGCUGUAGGAUUACCUGCAAGUGACGUCACUCUGAUAGUCGCUGUGGAUUGGCUGCUGGAUCGGUUCCGUACUAUGAUCAACGUGCUUGGUGAUGCUUAUGGAGCCAGCAUUGUCCAGAAACUAUCCAAGAGGGAACUGGAGAGGAUGGAUCUGACAUCAGACGUGGACGUUGCCAACCCCUUCGCCCUGGAAGCCACUUUGGAUGACGAAGAGUGCGAGAAGAAAUCCUAUGUCAAUGGAGGCUUCACUGUUGACAAGACAGAUGCAAUCUCCUUUACUGAAACCUCCCAGUUUUAGCUUCUGGCUGGCUCAGAGGAGCAAAGAAAGUGCCAUGCUGCUAUGGAUGUAAAGCAGAACAACCUUCCAUCAUGUAUCUGCACCAUGACGAGUGAGCAUCCAUCCAAGCUCAAACAUCAGCAAUAGCAGCCUCCAUUAAGCUUAUCCAAGAUGAUCACCCUUCAUGUCGGACAUUUACAACCACGACUAGAUUAAAGUGCUUCCCUCUUACACUGAUAUUGUGCCAAGAUUGAGAAAAGUCUGUUUUCUUUUGAAUUAGAGUGAUUUCUUUCUUGCAAAGAUACACUCAAAAGAAGAGCUGUUUGUGUGAGUUGUGCAUGAGGACAUUCUUUUUGGAUGUAUGUGAGGUGUGUGUAUGUAUUCUGAAAAUAUCAAUUCAACACCGGUACAACAAAACAAUAAUCUGUAUUUCACACUUCAAUCCGACUUUAUUUGCUCGUUGAUUAGACAAUAACUCUUUAAAAUGUUUGAAUGAUCUUUUUUGUGUGGCUGUUGUUGAAUGUUGGUGUCCAUAAUGCACUGCUUGUAUAUCUAUCUGUAUAUUUAAACUGUGCCAAACAUAUAAAGAGGUUUUUCACCGAGUUGCAUGAAGCAAUAUGUUAAAGAAAUGCUGAUCGCUGGCUGCAGACAGACUUCUUUUAUGGAGACUUCACAAAGACUAGAUAUGAUUAAAGAAGGUUUAUGAAGUCAUUGAACACUGUGAAAUUUGAGGACAUUUUUUCAAAACCAAAUCACUAACAUUCAUUGAUUGAUUGCAAAGUAUAUUAAUCAUAAAUAGUGUCUGUGUUUAGGCAGUGUGGGGAAAUAAUACAGUAUAUUAGAUACCCCAAAUUGUACCUUCUAAAACAAGACCGUUUCAAUUGUAUAAUGGAUUUAUGUGUCAAUAAUUCAAUAAUCAGUGUGUCUUUUUAAGUGCUUUUUUUAAACAAAUCUGCUACUUUACUUUCACUGUGGUGUAGAAAUAUGUUCAAAUGCUCUUAAACUAAUGGUAAUCAAGCUACUGUAGGACAUAUAUAAAUCUAGCUCGUUACAGGCAUUUUUGUUGAAACAACCAUUUGCACAUUUGGUCAGCUAUUAAAGGAAUAGUUUGACAUUUUGGUAAAUACACUUAUUCUCCUUUCCAAGAGAAGAUCGAUGUCAAUCCCAUGAUUAAGUGCUGUGUAUGGAGCUGGAUCCAAAAGACAGUUAGCCUAACUUAGCAUAAAGACUGGCAAUAUGGAGAAACAGCUAUCCAGGCUCAGACAUAUGCCUACAACACUUCUAAAUCCCAACAAUUAAUGCACUGUAUUCUGUUUGAUAAAUCUGUACACAAACAGAUACAUAAAAAAGUGUAGACAACCAUCCACCCAGCAUUUCUGUCCUGGCAAACUCAGCGUCAUGACAAGACUCCUGGGAAUCACUCCGCCAAGAAAUAGUUACAGAAAAGAACUCCUAAAACCCCAGAUUACGAAUGACAUAUGAUUUAUUUGGAGUUUUUAGAAGUGUUGGUAGGUGUAUUUUUAAGCUUUGGACAGGCUAGCAGUUUGAGCCUCCUUUGAAUCAUAAUGCUAAGCUAAGCUAAUUGCCUCCUGACUUAUGCUGUGUAUUUAACACACAGACAUGAGUUUUUUAAUCUUCUCAUCAACAUCUCAGUUAAAAAGUGGAUAAGCAUAUAAUCCAAAAUCAAAUACAAGCUACAGAAACACAGGCUCAGCACAUAGUACAUAUGUACAUCACCUCAACAGUUAGCUAUGACAGCUUUUUCUUUGACAGUUUCACUUCCCAUGGCAAAUGCUACAGUAAGAACCAAAUGGGUUACAGUUGCAACAUUCAGAACAGUUGUGUCAUUUGUAACACCUCAGAAUGCGUUUGAUCUGGUUUGUAGCCAUUGUCAUAUGACUGUAAAGCUGGACCACACCUUGCAACAUUUGCUAUACGGCAACAAAGAAAUACCCACACCAACAGGACACAACAUACAUCAACUACUUCAGUACACAAGGUAAUCAGUCAGUCAUCACUCACUUAACUUCAUAAUCUAAAUGUGCCAGGUUUCUGUUACUGUUGCAACUAACUAAAAAGAAAAAAAAGUUUGGGAGAGCUUGAGAGAUAUUUGGAGGAGGCAUUAUUCCGAUCGUGACACCACCCUCCAGCCCUGUUAGACAGUUUGAAGCAAAGUUGUCAAUAUACUGUAUAUAUCUAUGGUCCAUUGUGCCAAAAAGGUUGAGAACACCUGCUAUAGAAAAUGUCAAACUGUCAGAGAAACCAUAGCUGGCAAACAAGCUUAUGAGAGUGUCACGGUACUUUACAUUUUUUUCUUCUACACUCCUAUCUAUCCCACCCAUUUUUGAUUUGAUGUUAUGUUUUUGUUAUUUCCAGCCUUAUGGCUAGUUAGCUAGCUAGUUAGCUAAAUGUGGGUGACUGACAAUUGUGGCUGAAACGCACUGCAAAAAAGCAAGUCACAGUUUUAUUGGAAAUUUUAAAAAAUAACAUAGACUUUUGUUUUACAUCUGGCUGUGAUUGGCUAGCCGCACUUCCACAACACAAACAUAAACAGGACUAUAAGUAUGAAACUAGGCUAACGGCCCCUAGAGGCAACAAUGUCACACCCCACAAUACUAGCGUGUUGGACAGAAUGAAUAACAUAUCUACCGCUUUGCUAUUCUUAGAGCGUUAUUAGUGUCAGAGCUAAAACUAUAAUGCAAGAGGAAAAACCACUGGAUCAUUAAAAUAAUGCUAGGAACAUGAAUCUGCUCUUGUAUUGAACCAAUUAGCGAAUUGAUCAAUUUGUUUGUUGACAGAACAAAUUUUAAUUAAGUCACUUCCCAAGCAAAACACCAAAAGUUUGCUGAUUCCAGCUUCUGAAAUGUGACGAUUUCCAGCUUUUCUUUGUCAGUGGUCAGACUAAACAAGAAGUGAAGAUGUCAGUUUGGUUUUUGGGAAAAUGUGUUGGGCAUGGUUUCAUUAUUUCUUGAUAUUACAUAAUUUAAAAGAUUAAUAGUGAAAAUUAUCAGUAGUUGCAGCAUAAAUGUAAUUAUGUCAUAUCUUUUGUACAAAAAUGACCUUUAGCUCGAGGUUGGUGAAAGAGGAAAGGUAAAACAGCAACGACAUUAGAAAGGGUUCAUCUUCUGGUGAGCAUUUUGAUAGUUCUUGUGUUCAGGUGGAAAUGUGGGCUUGAUGGUGGCAAUAAUCUUGCCUUUUGAAAUCUGGACAAAAGUGUUGGACAGAUAGACUGACAGGCCUCAUCAUCAUCACAGAAUGUCAAUGACAGUUGAUGCUUUGAUGCAAAUGCCACAAGUGUCUGCACUUCUGUUAAUGCUCCUAUCUAAUUGUGGUCUUGCACUCUUUUAUACAUAUGUAUUUCCAUUUCUGUAACUGAGAUGUACAUUAUAUAUUUGACUCCAUGCAGCAGCUGCACACUAAGAUGCUUGCACACACAGUACUUAAGCUUGGAAUAAGGGGUGUGACCUUUUUUAGCCAGCUUAAAAAAUAAAUUACAUGGGACCAACAGUGGUAUCACUGGGUUUUCUGUUGUUGUAUCUAUGCUAUUAAUUUACAGUAUGUUUGAAUACAUCCAUUAAAUGGUCCCAGUGUUGGUCCCAUGACCACUGUUCCCAGCAUGAUAAUCAUUUUUUUUAGUUUAAGUAAGUGUGAGAGUAAGUAAGAGUGGUCCUGUUUUGUUUGGUUUCUUUUCCAACAUCACAAUAAAUAUGGUCAUACCUGUCCGAAUUCUUAGAAGAAUAUACAAUAUUUCCACCUUCUACACAGUAGUGGUCAAAUUGAAACUGCCAGCAUAGUUUACAGCACAAUAUCAUAUUCUACUACAUGUUAUAUUCAUAGUGGGAAGUCGGAAAUUUCCCACGGGUUUGACAUGCUAAUUUUAAUGGUCUAGCUUGGGAAAAAUCACAUAAGAAACACCUGUGACAUUUUCUUUGGUUUGUGUAAAAUAUUGUUCCCAAAACAACAGCUAAUGUGUCAGUAUUUAACAAUGUUAGUAGCUAGGCUAGCAUAGAAAACAGCAAUCUACUACUUUAUUUUUAAAAUUCCUUGCUAGAUUAACAUUCUAAUUUCAGUCAUAGUGCUUGGAAAAAUCACAUAAGAAACAAAUGAGAUUUUCUUUGUUUAGUGUAAAAUACUGUUUCCAAAGCAGUAUUUUUCUACUUAUUAGCUACUUAGCGUAGCAAAAAGUAGAAACUGCAAAUGCUAACAUUACUUUCUUUCAGCUUUAUACUAAACCAAGUAUCAUGUAGAUAUUUAGAUAGAUUUUUGGUCAUGCAGUGAUGAAAACUUAACUUUGUCACAUUAUAUGUUCAUUAAAGUAAUAUUGUUUACCAUG